GCUGCGAGGCGCUGGAGCCCGGGCCCCCCUGCGGCCCCCAGCCCCCGGGGAGCCCCCCGGCCCCGGCCGAGCGCCGGGAGCCCGGGGCCUCGGUCCGCGCCGAGAGCGGGCGGCCGCCGCGUCAGCCAGAGGAUCUGGAGGCGCCCAAGACUCAUCACUUCAAGGUGAAGACCUUCAAGAAGGUGAAGCCCUGUGGUAUCUGCCGUCAGGUCAUCACCCGGGAGGGAUGCACCUGCAAAGUCUGCAGCUUCUCCUGUCAUCGGAAAUGCCAGGCCAAGGUGGCUGCCCCCUGCAUUCCUCCGUCCAGCCAUGAACUGGUGCCCAUCAACGCUGAGAGCGCACCGAAGAAUGUAGCCAACACGGGAGAAGGAGCUUUCCGGAGUGGAAACACACGGAAAAGCCUUGAGGAAGACGGCACCACCAGAGUCACCCCGAGUGUCCAGCCUCAUCCCCAGCCUAUCAGAAACAUGAGUGUGAGCCGGACCAUGGAGGACAGCUGUGAGCUGGACCUGGUGUACGUCACGGAGAGGAUCAUCGCCGUCUCCUUCCCCAGCACAGCCAACGAGGAGAACUUCCGGAGCAACCUCCGAGAGGUGGCCCAGAUGCUCAAGUCCAAGCAUGGAGGCAGCUACCUGCUUUUCAACCUCUCUGAGCGGAGGCCCGACAUCACGAAGCUCCACGCCAAGGUACUGGAAUUUGGCUGGCCUGACCUUCACACCCCAGCCCUGGAGAAGAUCUGCAGUGUCUGCAAGGCCAUGGACACUUGGCUCAACGCAGACCCUCACAAUGUCGUUGUUCUUCACAAUAAGGGAAACCGAGGCAGGAUAGGUGUUGUCAUCGCAGCUUACAUGCACUACAGCAACAUUUCUGCCAGCGCUGAUCAGGCCCUGGACCGGUUUGCCAUGAAGCGGUUCUAUGAGGAUAAGAUUGUGCCCAUUGGCCAGCCAUCCCAGAGAAGGUACGUGCACUACUUCAGUGGCCUGCUCUCUGGCUCCAUCAAGAUGAACAACAAGCCCUUGUUUCUGCACCACGUGAUCAUGCACGGCAUCCCCAACUUCGAGUCUAAAGGAGGAUGUCGGCCGUUUCUCCGGAUCUACCAGGCCAUGCAGCCUGUCUACACGUCUGGCAUCUACAAUGUCCAAGGAGACAGCCAGACCAGCAUCUGCAUCACCAUCGAGCCCGGGCUGCUCUUGAAGGGAGACAUCUUGCUGAAGUGUUACCAUAAGAAGUUCCGGAGCCCAGCCCGAGAUGUCAUCUUCCGUGUGCAGUUCCACACCUGUGCCAUCCAUGACCUGGGGGUUGUCUUUGGGAAGGAAGACCUUGAUGAUGCCUUCAAAGAUGAUCGAUUUCCAGAAUAUGGCAAAGUAGAAUUUGUAUUUUCUUACGGACCAGAGAAAAUUCAAGGCAUGGAACACCUGGAGAACGGGCCGAGCGUGUCCGUGGACUAUAACACCUCCGACCCCCUCAUCCGCUGGGAUUCCUAUGACAACUUCGAUGGGCACCGAGAGGACGGCAUGGAGGAGGUGGUGGGACACACUCAGGGACCCCUGGAUGGGAGCCUGUACGCCAAGGUGAAGAAGAAGGACUCCUUGCACGGCAGCACUGGGGCUGUCAAUGCCACGCGCCCUGCCCUGUCGGCCACCCCCAACCACGUGGAGCACACCCUCUCCGUGAGCAGCGACUCCGGCAACUCCACAGCCUCCACCAAGACAGACAAGACCGAUGAGCCCGCCCCCGGCCCCUCCAGCGCCCCUGCUGCCCUGAGUCCCGAGGAGAAGCGUGAGCUGGACCGCCUGCUCAGUGGCUUCGGUGUAGAGAGAGAGAAGCAAGGGGCCAUGUACCACCCCCAGCAUCUCCGGUCCCGCCCGGCGGGGGGCCCGGCCGUACCCUCCUCAGGCCGGCAUGUCGUCCCAGCCCAGGUUCACGUCAACGGUGGGGCCUUGGCCUCUGAGCGGGAGACGGACAUCCUGGACGACGAGUUGCCCAACCAGGAUGGGCACAGCGUGGGCAGCAUGGGCACACUGUCCUCCCUGGACGGGGUCACCAACACCAGUGAGGGGGGCUACCCAGAGGCCCUGUCCUCCCUGACCAACGGCCUGGACAAGCCCUACCCCGUGGAACCCAUGGUCAAUGGUGGGGCCUACCCCUAUGAGUCCGCCAGCCGGACGGCACCUGCCCACGCAGCCCACGUGGCCCCCAUGCGGCCCUCCUACUCGGCGCAGGAGGGCUUAGCCGGCUACCAGCGGGAGGGGCCCCACCCAGCCUGGCCGCAGCCAGUGACCACCUCCCACUAUGGCCAUGACCCCAGCAGUAUGUUCCGCUCCCAGUCCUUUCCGGAAAGCGAGCCCCAGCUGCCCCCAGCUCCAGCGCGCGGGGGCAGCAGCCGGGAGGCUGUGCAGAGGGGCCUGAAUUCCUGGCAGCAGCAGCAGCAGCAGCAGCAGCAGCAGCAGCCUCGUCCACCUCCUCGCCAGCAGGAGAGAGCCCACCUGGAGAGUCUCGGGCCCAGCAGGCCCAGCCCCCAGCCGCUGGCAGAGACCCCCACCCCCGGCCUCCCUGAGUUCCCCAGGGCAGCCUCCCAGCAGGAGAUUGAGCAGUCCAUCGAAGCACUCAACAUGCUGAUGCUGGAUUUGGAGCCGGCCACAGCUUCCGCCCCCCUGCACAAGUCCCAGAGUGUCCCAGGGGCCUGGCCAGGGGCUUCCCCGCUGUCCUCCCAGCCUCUCUCAGGCUCCUCCUGCCAGCCCCAUCCACUGACCCAGUCCAGGUCUGGCUACAUCCCCAGUGGGCAUUCCUUGGGAACCCCUGAGCUGGCCCCACGGGCCUCCCUGGCCGUGGAGUCCUUCCCUCCUGGCAGGCCUUACUCACCUUAUGAUUAUCAGCCAUGUCCAGCUGGGUCCAGCCAGAGUUUCCGUCCAAAGAGCCCAGCCUCCUCCUCAUCUGCCUUCCUGUCAACUACCCAGAGCCCUCCAGGGCCUCAGCAGCCCCCAGCCUCUCUCCCUGGCCUCACUGCUCAGCCUCCGCUCCCACCGAAGGAGGCAACUUCAGACCCUUCACGCACUCCAGAGGAGGAACCACUAAACCUGGAGGGACUGGUGGCCCACCGAGUAGCAGGGGUGCAGGCUCGGGAGAAGCAGCCUGCAGAGCCCCCAGCCCCUCUGCGGAGGCGGGCAGCCAGCGAUGGACAGUACGAGAACCAGUCUCCAGAACCCGCGUCUCCCCAGCCCGGGGUUCGUUCUCCUGUUCAGUGCGUGUCCCCCGAGCUGGCUCUCACCAUCGCCCUCAAUCCUGGAGGGCGGCCCAAAGAGCCCCAUCUGCACAGCUACAAGGAGGCCUUUGAGGAGAUGGAGGGAACCUCCCCGACCAGCCCACCGCCCAGCGGGGUGCGCUCCCCUCCGGGUCUGGCCAAGACACCCCUGUCUGCUCUAGGCCUGAAACCCCACAACCCAGCGGACAUCCUGUUGCACCCUACAGGUGAGGAGGAUGAGGGGAAGGUGGUGACAGAGCUUCCCAAAGAACCCCGGAGCUAUGUGGAGUCGGUGGUGCGGACGGCCGUGGCGGGGCCCCGAGCUCAAGACCCUGAACCCAAGAGCUUUAGUGCUCCAGCUGCCCAGGCCUAUGGCCACGACACGCCCCUGAGGAACGGGACCCUGGGAGGCUCCUUUGUCUCCCCCAGUCCCCUCUCCACCAGCAGCCCCAUCCUCAGCGCUGACAGCACUUCAGUGGGCAGUUUCCCAUCCGGGGAAAGCAGCGACCAGGGCCCCCGGACACCCACCCAGCCUUUGCUGGAUUCGGGCUUCCGCUCUGGCAGCCUGGGCCAGCCUAGCCCUUCGGCUCAGAGAAGCUACCAGAGCUCUUCUCCUCUCCCGACCGUGGGCAGCAGCUACGGCAGCCCCGACUACUCACUGCAGCAGUUCAGCUCCCCAGAAAGUCAGGCGCGGGCCCAGUUCACCGUGGCCGGCAUCCACCCGGUGCCUGGGAGCCCUCAGGCCCGCCACAGGACAGUGGGCACCAACACCCCCCCGAGUCCUGGCUUUGGCCGCCGGGCCUUCAACCCCAGCGUGGCUGCCCCCGGGAGUCCCAGCUUGAGCCACCGCCAGGCCAUGGGCCCGGCGGGAACUGGUUUCCACGGGAGCACGGUCUCCAGCCCGCAGAGCAGCGCGGCCACCACCCCGGGAAGCCCCAGCCUGGCCCGGCACCCCGGCGCCCACCCGGGCGGCCUGGCAUCCGGUGUGCACGGCAGCGCGCUAGGCAGCCCGGGGAGCCCGAGCCUGGGCCGCCACCUGGGAGCGCCGGGCCCCGGGCUUCCCGGCAGCCCCGGCCUGGAGCGGCACGCAGCCUACGGCGGCUAUUCCACCCCCGAGGACCCAAGACCCGCGCUGUCCCGGCAGAGCAGUGCCUCCGGCUACCAGGCUCCGUCCACGCCCUCCUUCCCCGUGUCCCCUGCCUACUACCCGGGCCUGAGCAGCCCCGCCACCUCCCCGUCGCCGGACUCGGCGGCCUUCCGGCAAGGGAGCCCGACGCCGGCGCUGCCCGAGAAGCGGAGGAUGUCGGUGGGAGACCGCGCGGGCAGCCUCCCCAACUACGCCACCGUCAACGGGAAGGUGUCCUCCUCGCCCGUGGCCAGCGGCAUGUCCAGUCCCAGCGGGGGCAGCACGGUGUCCUUCUCCCACACUCUGCCCGACUUCUCCAAGUACUCCCUGCCGGACAACAGCCCCGAGACGCGGGCCAAAGUGAAGUUUGUCCAGGACACUUCCAAGUAUUGGUACAAGCCUGAGAUCUCCAGAGAGCAGGCCAUCGCACUCCUCAAGGACCAGGAGCCAGGGGCCUUCAUCAUCCGCGACAGCCACUCCUUCCGAGGGGCCUACGGGCUGGCCAUGAAGGUGUCUUCUCCGCCUCCGACCAUCAUGCAGCAGAAUAAGAAAGGGGACAUGACCCAUGAGCUGGUGAGACAUUUCCUGAUAGAGACCGGCCCCAGAGGAGUCAAGCUCAAGGGGUGCCCCAAUGAGCCAAACUUUGGGUCUCUCUCUGCCCUGGUCUACCAGCAUUCCAUCAUCCCACUGGCUCUGCCCUGUAAGCUGGUCAUUCCAAACCGAGACCCCACAGAUGAAUCGAAAGAUAGCUCGGGCCCUGCCAACUCAACCACUGAUCUGCUGAAGCAAGGGGCAGCCUGCAACGUGCUCUUCGUCAACUCUGUGGACAUGGAGUCACUCACUGGGCCGCAGGCCAUCUCCAAAGCUGCUUCUGAGACACUGGCUGCUGACCCCACACCAGCUGCCACCAUCGUUCACUUCAAAGUUUCUGCCCAGGGAAUUACACUGACUGACAACCAGAGAAAGCUCUUCUUCAGACGACACUACCCCCUCAACACUGUCACCUUCUGUGACCUGGAUCCUCAGGAGAGAAAGUGGAUGAAGACAGAGGGAGGUGUCCCUGCUAAACUCUUCGGCUUCGUGGCCCGGAAGCAGGGCAGCACCACGGACAACGCCUGCCACCUCUUCGCUGAGCUUGACCCCAACCAGCCCGCCUCUGCCAUCGUCAACUUCGUCUCCAAGGUCAUGCUGAGUGCCGGCCAGAAGAGAUGAACGCCACCCCUCGCCCGGGGCCAGGGCAGUGGGGCUGGGGCGCGUGGGGAGGGGACCCGUGAAUCCUGACCACCCUUGAAUCCAGAAGGAGGACUUUGGGCCAAUUUUGGAGAAGGAGAGAAGAAAGUGCAACGUGAGGAGGGGGAAGUGAAUUGCGGAGGGGAAGGGGGGAGAGAGAGAGAGAGAAAGAAGGAAGAAGACGGAGGAGAAUAACUUGGAUUCCCCUGGGUAGACGGAUACCGUGGGGCCCCCAAAGCCUCCACUGCUAACCAGGUCCCCCUAGCUCCCCCUCCCCUCCGAGAGGAUGGAGCUCCUCAGAGGAGACACACCGACUCCUUGGGGUUCUAUAAUUUGGGAGUAAAUGGAAAAGCUCUGUCUCCCUAACCCAACUGCUUUACAAGGAGAAAUCAGAUUGAGGGGAUCCUUUUCUGGCCGCCUCUGGGGUAGAUUGGCGAAGCAAAAAGAGCCAGCGUGGGACAUCGGGUGGCCCAACUUUUGCCUUUGGGAGUCUGAGACCCGAGGUUCCUGAGGUCUCUGGACUCCGCCUCCGCUGUACAGUCUGUGUGGGUGUAUAUAUGGGGCGUAUGAUGUGUCCACACCCACAUCCUCACAUACUGGUUUCCAUGUGCCUCUCAGCCAGAGCUGUAAAUGCGUAUGCUCGUCUGCGCCCCACGUGUUUGCACACACACGUGCAUACUGUCCAAAGAAGGUGAGAUUUGGGGGUGACAGGGCAGCCCAGGGUGGGGACAUACACGCCUGCUUCCCCAGGAGAACCCCAGAUUAUGGUCGCAGACUCUGGGUGCCUGCACCUGCUUCUAGAGGCCCUGGGUGCUGCCAGCGGCUUCUCAACAGAGACCCCAGCAGGAAGGGGCUGGCUGCCCAGCAGUUACACCCGUUUUGCUUCAGCCAGGAGCCUGGAGCUUUGGUGUCGGGAGGUGCAGAUGUGCGUGUGCAUAGCCACGGGGGAGAGAUCCCUCCGGAGGGGCGGCUCUUGAGCUCUGCGGGUCUUCCCCAGGCGUGUGGCCCUGCGGCAGUAGGGGCAGGUCGCCCCGCCAGCUCCCGGCCGGCCCUCUGCCCGUUCCUGGGUUUCGCGGCCCAGCUCAGCCUUUCCUCACAUCUGCCUAUCUGCUUGGUGCCCUUCCAGGUGUGGGGGGGAUUGGGCCUUGCUGCCUUGCCCUGCCCUGCCCUGUCCCUUGGGGUCCCCGUGUUGGAGCGUGCCCUGGGGAGCCUGCUUGUAAAAGCCCUGCCCAGUGAGCCCCGGGGGAGACUCCCCAAAGGCCUCGUGCUCCCCUGUGUGAGCGUUUCGGGCUCUGACAUGGACCAGGCGGCCCAGGAUGUCCUUAGCAGAGCUCCUGGGGCUGCUACCUGUGCCUCCCACAUGGCCUACCUACAAUGCCAAAGCCAUGCUGGUCCCCCUCCUGCCUUGGUUUCCCUGUCGGAGCCUAGCUGCCCAUGGAAGAGAAAGGCAUGCGUUUAGGUCGGAGGGCCGAGAGUCCAUGUGGGCAGUUGGGAAAGGCCCAGGCCGCCACCCAAGGACUCUAAGCCGGAAUGGAGAAUUCACCAGGACUCCAGUCUUGGGCGGCUUCUUAAGCCUAUGGGAUCCCCCAGAGAGAGGCAUUGUACUGAUAUAUAAAUAUAUAUAAUAUAUAUGUGAGACAUACAGAAUCUGUAAGCUAAUAAAAUAUAAGAAAAGGUUAAAAAAAAAGAAUAGGUAAAUUGACAAGAAGUAUUUAUUGUUUUCCUAUAUUGCUUUAUUGUCUCCCCGGGGAUAAACCAAUUCCCAUCCCUUUUUUUGUGUAUAAGUGAAGUCUGAAAUGUGGGGGGGCCUUUAUCCUUGGAGCGCGCAGGGUCUGCCGUCCUAGACGCUGCCCGGGGCUCGGUGCGGAGGGCUGCAUGGGUGCUGUUCCCUUGGCUUCCCUAUUUUCUGGCAAGCUGGGGGCACGGCAGCCGGCUCCCAGAGAUACGGGGAGCCUCCCCCGCCCCCCACCCUGCACUGCAGGCCUGAGCAAGCAGGGGAGCCUGCGGGGGACAAGGGUGUGUGUAGCGGAUGUGGGUGAUGUGUGUGUCUUUUGUGUUUCUUUCUCCUCCAAGAGGCUGUAUCUGUGCGGACGCUGUGUUUCAGGGAGCUGGAAAGGAGAGUGUCUGAGGGUGGGGAGCAGGAUCCCCGCUUCCUAGAGAUGGCAACCUUCUACUCGGUGAUGGAGGGUCCUCCAAAGUGCUCUUCCUUCUGAGGCAUUCAAGCCAGAUCCCCAGAUCUACCCCAGCCCCCAUUCCCUACCUACCCCGACUCUCUUCCCAGAUGGGAGAUAUUUCCUGCCGACCGUAAAUACCUUCAGUCUCCCACUGGACGUGGCCCCGGGACUCGCCCCUCCUGGUCUGCGCGUCCUCUCCCUUCGGCCCCCCGGCCCCCGGGCCCCCAGAUCCUGGGCCUUUACACGCGCUUUCCCACCGCCCACCGGCAGCCCCCACCCCCGAGUCAGGGCUGGCCCACCCCACUCAGGCCUGAGCCAGUGUGACCCUGGGAAGGACUGGGGGCAUCCUGGGAAGCUGAUCAGCUCCCUCCCUGGCAUCCCUCUGGAUGGAGCAGGUUUCCGGAAGAAUCAUGGGGAAGGGUACCCCAGUCUCCAAGUGGCCCUACCUUGGGGUCAGACACUGGUUGGGAGGACACUGGCUCCCCACGCCUCACAGGUUAGGUCUCUGCACCCCUGCGCGCACGCGCGCACACACACACACACAGCACUGCAGUAUAUUCUUGCCAAAGAUUUCCUUUAAGAGAAAGCACUUUUAAUCAUUAUUGUUAUUAUUGUGUAAAUGUCUAGCCUUCUCUCUCCUCCCUCUCCCUCACCCCGUUUUGCUGUUACUGUGGAAUCUGUCUGUCAGCCAGGAGAGCUGUCUGGUCUUGAAAACAGGCUGGCAGGACUAGGGUCUGGGGGAGGUUGGCAAGGAGGACCGGGAGGGGCAGGGGAAGCUUGCCGAGCGGGGUGCAGACGCCAGGCGGGCUCAGGCCCUGGCUCCUGCGCUCCAGCCAGCGUCGGAGGCCGGCCCGGGCCUCCCGGAGGCUGGCCUGUGUGGUGUCUGGAGGGAAGGGGCAGGGAAAUGACAUCUGUCCGUAUCAUGGAGAGAGCCCAGAGAGGCACAGGUGGAACAGGAGGUGAGGGCAGGCCUGGGAACAAUGGAGAGGUGACCCCAGAGGGGAAAUAGGAAGGAAGGGAGCAUCUGGCCAACCUCCAGGGGAGCCUGGGUUGCCCCUGCCCUGCCGUCUUGGCUUCCUGGUCCCCGUGUCUAGCCCGGUGUUUGAGGGCCACGAACAUGGUGUCCUAGGUUGGGGAUGGGCCUUUUGACUCCCAUCUUCAUUGGAGUCUCUCCCCAGUAGGUCUGAGAACUCGUGGACUCCUUCUCCCUUGGGUUUUGAGGAGUCCCCAUGUAUCAGAGACUAGUAGGAAAGGGGUGGUGGCCGAGCGACCUGGUGGCCAUAGGAGGCAGCAACCAACCCACAAGUGUGAUCUUUACAAAGGGGCUCUCGGGAUGGGGAGGUAGGGUACUCUGAUGGGCCCGAGCCGAGGUCGGGCAGGCUCCUCCUGCCAUGUGGGGUGUGUGGAGGCUUCUGGAAGUGGACCAUCUAUGACCUGAACGUUUGCCCACCUGCUCUGCCUCCCGGGUCCUCCCCCCUUCUUUGGCAUUUCUCAACUACCGGCCCUGGGGAGGUCAAGUCGGUCAGUGCCCUGUCCAUGGGCUGCCUCCCGCCCCUGCAUCUCAGGGUCCUUGGAGAGGUUGGGGGCAGAGUCCCAGAGUCACUCUUCACCCAAGUCCAGGCCCCAGGCCCCUGAGACUGGAGCUCCUGGCCGGCGUGACACAGGAUGUACACAUAGGCGUGCGUGUGCGUGCGAGUGCGGGUGUCUAUGUGUGUAUAUUUUGCCGAUCUCUUUGGGAAACGUGGGGUUAGGGUCAAAGGUAGUAGGUGGGCGGUGGGAUGUCCAGUUCAACACCACCCAGCAGUGAAAGAAUUCAGGAGGGCCCCCGACUGGCGGAAUCUCGGUAUUGUGGAUGGUGAGGACUGGCUCCGCCGGCUGGGGGGCUGGGGCUCGGGCAUAUCUGCCCCUUCCUGACUUCUCCGUCCUCGGGGGUCCAAGCCGUUGGAGGACUUCCGCGUGUGUCCCACACCUGGGCCCUUGCCAGCAGCGAGGGGAUUGCGGACGGGUGUCCCCGGUUUGGUUUCUAAUCAGUGUUAAACGGUUUGAGACUCUCCUUUGUGUCCGUGUUUGGUCUGCGUGCGAGAGUGAGCACACCUGUGUGUGCAUGCCGCGUUUCCCCGUUUUCUCCCCUCCCUCCGACAAGCCGUUCAUAGCAAAUGUAAGAAAUACCUUGCCACACCUGCCCGCCUCCUCUGCAGGAGAAACAGAGUAACCCGGCAUCCUCCCCAUCCCCUGGCUGUGUAUUUAUAUAGAUGGAAAUAUCCUUUCUAUUUUGUAUCGUCGUGCCUAUAACCUCUGCCACCUUGUAUAAACCCUGACCUGCGCUACUUCCCCUGGAUAUGAAUGUAUUGUACACCGACGCUGGCCCAUCCUGUACAGCUGCUUUGUUUCUUUGCAACCCAUUGUAUGGCUUUAUAAAUGAUAAAGCGAAAGAAAAACCUG